AUGAGUCACAAGUUCAUCGCGGGGAGAGGAUCGGAUUUGUUGGACGAGGGUCAGAGAAACAUACUCGUGCUGUUUGAGCGCAUAGGAGGCUCGGUCAGCUUGUUGGCUGUGAUUCUAAUAUUCAUCGCCUACGCGCUUGUACCAAAAGUGCGAAAUGUGCAGAACACUUUUAUAGUGUUUGCUAGUGUCGCAAAUGUCGGUGCUAGCUGUGCGAGUAUCAUCGCCAUGGAUGGACUGGAACUAGGCGUUUCUUCGCCUCUUUGUCAGGCGCAGAGCUUCAUGUUCCAUAUGUUCAUGCAGUCUGAUCCUUGGUGGUCACUAGCCAUGGCUUUCAACGUCUUCCUCGUCUUCUUCUUCCGCGCCAGCCCAGAUUCGUUCCGUCGGUGGUGGUGGGUGUAUUGUCUCAUUUGUUACGGUGGCCCUUUUGCUAUUGCCAUUGCGUUGCUUCUGGUUAGAAACCCGAGCCGCGGCCUUGUGUUUGGUCAAGCCACUAUCUGGUGCUGGGUUAACCGGGACUGGGAAAACAUUCGAAUAUACACUUACUACAUGCUCAUUUGGGUGUGUAUUGCUGGAUCGCUCCUCUUCUACUUCAUGGUAGGCUAUCAUGUUUUUCGUAGUCGGAACAGGCUCAAGAGUUUGUCUGCUUCCAAGAGCAGAGAGCCAGGCCCUGCUAAUCCAUCUCAGGCCCAAGGCCUGCCGCGAAUUGACUUGCUCACAGUUCCCCAAGACUGCUUUUAUGGAACCGUCGUUACUGAUAUACAAGUCGUUCACUCAACUGCCCCAUCAAAUAAUCUCUCCGAUCCACCGAAGCCUGCUUACACGGCUCACUCGUCGUCUCCUCAAGUAUCUUUCGACGAACCAUGUAUUGCAAUCCAAAAUUCCAACAACCACUACUUCUCAACCUCGAUAUCCCCCGGUAUCAGUACACAAAGUAGCGAGUCACCCCUACGACGUGUGGUCUCGGCUACGAGCCGAACCUACAGCAAAUUCGUGGUUGACGACCCCAUCAAGCGGGCUUAUUUACGCACGAGCUUCCUCUUCGCCCUUAGUGUGUUGGUGACCUGGAUCCCGAGCAGUUUAAACCGCAUCCAUAGCUGGCUAUUUGGCAAGUCUCCCUUCGAGUACCAUGUCGCCACAGCUGCUGUGCUUCCCCUCCAAGGACUAUGGAACGCAGUAAUCUUCUUCGUCACAAGUUGUCGACCACUAAAAGAUUGGUGCAGAAACGGCGGAGACGACCAUGCCAUUCAAGAUCGAGAGAUGAUUCAAACGAGGGACGAGCAUGAUGAACAUGCUGGAAGGGGCGGCGAGAGCUUCCUGGAUGACACAGACUCCGGUAGUGACGUUGAGCUGCGACGAAUCGGGGAAGCGCCAGGAAAGAGAUCUUCGAGCUUAUGA